GCAGUCCACAGGAAAGUGUAAGUCAGAGAAGGAGGAUAUGAAAUUUUUCAUAUCUUCAAAAGAUAAUGACCGAAUAAUAAAAUUGUCCAUUGGUCCAUAUGAUGAUCGUAUUAUUUUAGGUUCCAAUGAUAUUGAUUGCGAUAUUGAUGAUGUUGAAUGCGAAAUUGAUGAUGUUUCAUGA